UGAGGCAAGUGAAUUGAACAGGCGUCUCUCUGUUUUACGCACUCUCUCUCGUAUGCUCUUUGAUUUAGCAAAUAUGGCGGAUCGAACACAAUUCAUUUUACGUCCCUCUCCUACAAACACUCCUUUACCACUACUUGACCAUUUCCCAUUCUCCGUCUACCUCGCUUCUUUCCUCUUCUCUGUCAAUUUCUCCUCCACUAUUCAGUAUUUUUCUUCAGUACUCGUCCCACCAUAGAGGAACUGGAAAUUCCUUUGUUUUUUUUCCUCUUCUUUUCUCUUCACAUGAAGAAGAUGUGCAGAAAAUUAGUGUAUAGGGAUUGAUUUUUUAUUUUUUUAGCUUCGAAAAAUGGUUAAUCAGUGAGACAAUAUAUCAAUCAUUUUUUUGCCAACCGCCAUGGCUGCUUCUUUGGCGAAGUAUAUGUUGGGAUUCUUUGUUGUUUCGGCAAUACUAUGGAGUAUAAUCAAAUUUGGUUCCAGGUUGUUUAUAUGGAUUUUAAGCCGGGUCAUGAAAGCCUCCAUUUCAUUCCGUGUUGGAGGAUGUAAUUGCUUGAGAGAUGUGGCGGUGAAGUUCAACAAGGGUGCUGUUGAGAGCAUAUUCAUCAGUGAAAUCAGACUCAGUAUACGACAGUCCUUGGUGAAGCUCGGGGCUGGGUUGAUCUCGAGGGAUCCAAAACUACAGCUGUUAAUAUGCGGUUUAAAAGUUGUAAUGAGGGCUUCAAGUAAAAGCUCAAAGAAAACAAGCUCAAAGAGAACAAGAUCUCGUAAAUCUCGGAAAUUAGGUAGAGGGAAGUGGAUGGUUGUAGCUAAUAUAGCCAGGUUUUUGUCAGUUUCUAUGACUGAGACGGUUGUGAAGACACCAAAAGCUGGUUUGGAAGUUAAAGAAAUAACACUUGAUAUAUCUAAAGAUAAUGGAUCAGAGCCAGCCUUAUCUGUCAAGUUGCACGUUACUUCUAUUCUUGUUCACGUAUGUGAAUCACAAGUCAGUUCUGGUCAAUCAUCAAUGCACAGCGGAUCUUUUCCUGCCAACCGUGCAAUACUAACCAUGACGGAAAGGACCUCUGCCCCUUUCCGCUGUGAGGAAGUUUCUCUCUUGUGUGAGUUUGGCCAUGAUAGGGAAGCAGGAGUGGUUGUUAGGAAUGUGGAUAUCAGAAAUGGUGAAAUUUCGGUUAAUCUGAAUGAGGAGCUGCUUCUUAAAAAGAAAAGUGCAGAUAUUUCACAUGUAGCUAUAAAGCCGAUUAAUGAAUCUGGUACUACUGAAAAACCAGAGAAAAAACCAUCAGCUUUUGCUUUUAUGAGAGAAAAAUAUGCCUCUAUGUUUCCAGAAAAGCUUAGCUUCACUUUACCCAAAGUGGAUGUGAAGUUUGUGCACCGGGUAGAGGGUUUAAUGGUUGAGAAUAGCAUUAUGGGCAUCCACCUAAAAGGCUCAAAAACUCAAUCUAUUGAAGAUGUUGGAGAAAGCACGCAACUUCAUGUUCAGUUGGAGAUCAGUGAAAUUCAUCUACUUAAAGAUGCCGGCACAUCAAUUGUCGAGAUAUCAAAACUUGAAACCAUUGCUUCAGUUUAUAUUCCGUUUGAGCCUGCUUCACCGAUCAGAUCUGAAAUUGGUGUUAAGCUUGGAGGUACGCGGUGCAACCUCAUAAUUACAAGAUUAAAUCCUUGGAUGCGCCUUCAUGCUUCAAAGAAAAAGAAGAUGGUACUCCGAGAAGAAAGUUCUACUCGUGAAAAAAUAAAGUCAUCUGAUCAUAAAACCAUUAUGUGGACCGCCACUAUUUCGGCCCCUGAAAUGAGUAUAAUGGUCUAUGAUCUGAAUGGCUUGCCAUUCUGUCAUGCUUGUUCUCAGUCUUUACAUGUCUUUUCCAAUAAUACAUCAAGUGCAGGCCCAUUAAUGCAAACAGAAAUUGUUGAAUUCAAUCUAAACAUGUCUGACGAGCAUCAAGAAUGCAUAAAGGACCUGUUUGGGGUUGAAAAAAACAUUAGUUCACUAAUUCAUAUAGCAAAAGUCAGUCUUGAUAUGGGCAGGAAAGAUUUGGAUUCACCUGAAGAGGGACUUAACUGUAAAAAAGUUCUCUCUGUUGAUGUUCCUGGAAUGGGUAUAUGCUUGACCUAUAGGCGCCUCGCAUCCCUGAUAUCAGCAGCUUUUUCUUUCAAAUGUUUCCUGAAGAGUUUCUCUGUCACUGGUAAGAAACCAAAUACCCAGGGAACGAAAUCAUCCAAGCCAUCAGGAAAAGGGAUUCAAGAAAUAAAAUUUAAUCUACAACAGUGCUCUUUAAAUAUAAUUGGAGAGGCGGGCUUGGAAAAUGCUGUUGUUCCUGACCCGAAACGGGUCAAUUAUGGAUCUCAGGGUGGUCGUAUUGUGAUUAGUGUUUCAGCUGAUGGUACUCCCCGCACUGCAAAUAUAAUAUCUACAGCUUCAGAUGAAUUAGAAAAAGUGAAGUACUCUGUGUCCCUUGAUAUUUUCCACCUAAAAUUUUGUAUGAACAAGGAGAAACAAUCGACACAGAAUACAAAGUUUGUGAAACGAUCUGGUGGCCUUAAAGAGAUUGCGACGUGCUCUCUCUUUAGUGCCAGCGAUAUAUCAGUUAGAUGGGAGCCUGAUGCGCAUAUAGCAUUGUUUGAGCUGGGCCUGCAAUUGAAGUUGCUCGUGCACAAUCAAAAGCUUCAAGAACCUGCUAAAGAAGGAGAUUUUAAAGAUAAUGAGCAGGGCAAAGAGACCUCCAAAGAAUCACUACAGCUGGAGAAACAACACAAGAAAAGAGAAUCAGUUUUUGCUGUUGAUGUGGAAGUGCUUAAUAUAUCUGCUGAAGUUGGAGAUGGUGUUGAGACAGCAGUUCAGGUGCAGUCGAUCUUUUCAGAAAAUGCUCGGAUAGGUAUGCUUCUUGAAGGGAUCGUGCUCAGCUUCAACAAUGCAAGACUAUUUAGAAGCAGCAGGAUGCAAAUUUCUCGUAUUCCCAAACCCUCUAGCAGCGCACCAAAUGAAAAAACUGAGAAUGGCACAACAUGGGAUUGGGUAAUUCAAGCCCUUGAUGUUCAUAUAUGCAUGCCAUACAGGUUGCAAUUGCGUGCAAUAGACGAUUCUGUUGAGGAAAUGAUUCGAGCUUUAAAGCUCGUAACUGCUGCAAAGACUAAACUUAUGUUUCCCAAUAAGGAAGAGAAACCGAAAGUUAAAAAGACUAGUUCAACAAAAAUUGGUCGAGUCAGAUUCUGCAUAAAGAAGCUCACGGCUGAUAUUGAAGAAGAACCAAUACAGGGAUGGCUUGAUGAACAUUAUCAGCUAUGGAAGAACGGGGCCUGUGAAUCAGCGGUCAGAUUAAACUUUCUUGAUGAACUUAUUUCCAAAGGCGGAAAAUGUGAAGGUUCCGCUGAAGGAAAUGAUCCUCUUGAUGAUGGCAAGAUCAAUAUUACUGGAGAAGAGAUCGAUGUAGAGGAUACUUCAGCCAUUCAGAAACUGCGGGAGGAGAUCUACAAGCAGUCAUUCAGGUCAUAUUACCAGGCAUGCAAAAAGCUUGUUCUGGCAGAAGGCUCUGGGGCCUGUAAUGAAGGAUUUCAAGCGGGCUUCAAGCUUAGCACUGCAAGAACUUCUCUUUUUUCAAUUUCUGCUACCGAAUUAGAUGUAAGCUUGACAAAAAUUGAAGGAGGUGAUGCAGGGAUGAUAGAGCUUCUGCAAAAGCUUGAUCCAGUAUGCCGUGCACAUAGCAUCCCAUUUUCACGAUUAUAUGGUGGUAACAUCAAUUUGCAUACAGGUUCUCUUGUUGUUCGGAUAAGAAACUACACAUCUCCGCUUCUUGCUGCUAAUUCAGGCCGAUGUGAAGGCCGUCUUGUAAUGGCUCAGCAGGCAACACCUUUUCAGCCCCAAAUGCAGCAAAAUGUGUUCAUUGGGAGAUGGAGGAAGGUCCGUUUGCUUCGAUCAGUCACUGGGACAACUCCACCAAUGAAAACAUAUUUGGAUUUGCCCUUACACUUUCAGAAAGCAGAAAUUUCGUAUGGAGUUGGUUUUGAACCUGCAUUGACUGAUCUCAGCUAUGCUUUCACUGUGGCCCUUCGUAGGGCCAAUUUGAGCAUCAGAAAUCCAAAUCCGGAUCCUCCUCCACCUAAAAAGGAAAAGAGCUUGCCAUGGUGGGAUGAAAUGAGACACUACAUUCAUGGGAGCUCCACCUUAUAUUUCGAUGAGUCUCAAAUCAAUAUUCUUUCCAGUACAGAUCCUUAUGAAAAGUCCAACAAGCUUCAGAUAGCAUCUGGGUAUAUGGAGAUCCAGCAGGCAGAUGGUCGUAUUUAUGCUUUUGUGAAGGACUUCAAGAUUCUAUUAAGCAGUUUGGAUAGCUUGUCGAGGAACACUGACUUAAAACAUCCAACUGGCUUUUCCUGCACUUUCCUAGAAGCCCCGGCCUUGAGUGUUGAAGUUUUAAUGGAAUGGGAUUGUGAUUCUGGAAAUCCUCUAAACCAUUAUUUGUUUGCUCUUCCAAAUGAAGGUGUGCCUCGUGAAAAAGUUUUUGAUCCCUUUAGGUCAACUUUUCUGUCCCUACGGUGGAAUCUUUUGCUUAGGCCCUCUCUUCCCUUCCGUGAUAAUCAGUCAGAGGUAUCCUCUGCGGAUAAUCAGGGUCUCUCGAGCACUGCUGCCUUUGGUGCUCAAAAGAAAGAUACCGGGGCAGUCAAUUCACCAACAAUACAGGUUGGUCCUCAUGAUUUGGCAUGGCUAAUCAAAUUUUGGAACUUAAACUUCAUUCCUCCUCAGAAGUUGCGGACCUUUUCAAGAUGGCCGCGUUUUGGAGUUCCAAGAAUUCCUAGAUCUGGCAAUCUGUCAUUGGACAGAGUAAUGACUGAAUUUAUGUUUAGAAUUGAUUCAACACCAACAUGCAUAAAGCAUAUGCCUUUAUAUGAUGAUGACCCGGCAAAGGGGCUGACAUUUACAAUGACAAAGUUAAAAUUUGAAAUUUAUUUAGGCCGGGGUAAGCAAAAGUACACAUUUGAGAGUGUACGAGACCCUCUUGAACUUGUGUACCAAGGUAUUGACCUUCACAUUCCAAAGGCAUUUAUCAGUAGAGAUGAUAGCAUUAGUGUUGCAAAAGUAGUUCAAAAGGCUAGAAAAGAAUCACAAACUGCAGUUUUGGAUACUUCUACUAAUGAUAAACUUGGCAGUAUGAGUGGCAGCAUGGACAGAUAUCAAGAUGACGGUUUUCUUUUAUCAUCCGAAUAUUUCACGAUCAGAAGGCAAUCCCCAAAGGCUGACCCAGAGAGGUUAUUGGCAUGGCAAGAAGCUGGUAGAAGAAAUAUUGAGACGACAUGCGUUAAGUCUGAAGUUGAUAAUGAGAGUGAAAGUGAGGACAAGACAAGAUCUGAUCCAAGUGACGAUGAUGGAUACAAUGUAGUAAUAGCAGAUAAUUGUCAACGUAUCUUCGUCUAUGGUCUUAAGAUUUUGUGGACACUUGAAAUAAGAGAUGCUGUUCGGUCCUGGGUAGCUGGAUUAUCUAAAGCCUUUGAACCUUCAAAACCAUCUCCCUCUAGGCAAUAUGCGCAACGAAAGCUGCUGGAGGAAAGUAAGGUGAUUAAUAGUAUUGAAUCGCAUGAAAAUGGUAACCAGAAGUCUCCUCCCAGUCAAGAUGCAGGGCCGUCAAGGAGUCAAGAUGCAGGGCCAUCAAGGAGUCAAGAUGAUAAUAGUAAGUCUCCUCCAGAACAAGCAGGGCCACCAAAAUCACAAUUAGAACCACCGCCAUCAAAUGCAGUUAAAGCAGACACUCCUCAGUCUAGUUCUACUGCAAAGCUUGGUGUUGCUGAAGACUCUGAGGGGGAGGGGACUCGCCAUUUUAUGGUGAACGUCAUUGAACCACAAUUCAACCUUCACUCGGAGGAUGCAAAUGGUAGAUUUCUGUUAGCUGCUGUGAGUGGUCGUGUUUUGGCUCGUUCAUUCCAUUCAGUUAUUUCCAUUGGCUAUGAAGUGAUUGAGCAAGCUCUUGGUGGAGGAGAUGUCCAAAUUCCCGAGUCUCAACCACAAAUGACGUGGAAUCGCAUGGAGUUGUCUGUGAUGUUAGAACAGGUACAGGCACAUGUCGCCCCAACUGAUGUAGAUCCAGGGGCUGGACUGCAGUGGCUUCCUAAAAUUCGGAGAAGCUCACCUAAAGUUAAACGCACUGGAGCAUUACUUGAAAGAGUGUUUAUGCCUUGUGAUAUGUAUUUCCGCUACACUAGACAUAAAGGCGGAACAACACAGUUGAAGGUGAAACCCUUGAAGGAGCUUUCAUUCAAUUCUCAUAACAUAACAGCAGCAAUGACGUCUCGUCAAUUUCAAGUUAUGUUAGAUGUGUUGACCAAUCUUCUCCUUGCUCGGGCUCCAAAGCCUCGAAAAGUUAGUUUCUCAUAUUCAGAAGGUGAUGAUGAAGAUGAUGAAGAAGAGGCUGAUGAAGUCGUUCCUGAUGGAGUGGAAGAGGUAGAAUUAGCAAGAGUGGAGCUUGAGCGUGAAGAACGAGUCCAGAAGUUGAUCCAGGAAGAUAUUAGGAAAUUAUCUCUUUCUACUGAUGUUUCCGUGGACAUGGGCCCCGUAAAGGAAGGUGAUCUCUGGAUUCUUAGUGGUGGAAGGUCCAUAUUGGUGCAAAAACUGAAGAAAGAGCUGGUAAAUGCUAAAAAAUCAAAAAAAGUUGCAUCUGCUUCUCUAAGGAUGGCUUUACAGAAGGCUGCACAGAUACGGUUGAUGGAGAAAGAAAAAAACAAAAGUCCUUCUUGUGCUAUGCGCAUCUCUUUGCAAAUUAAUAAACUGGUCUGGAGUAUGCUUGUGGAUGGUAAAUCAUUUGCUGAAGCUGAAAUAAAUGACAUGAUAUAUGAUUUUGACCGGGAUUACAAAGAUAUUGGAAUUGCUAAGUUCACAAUAAAGUACUUUGUUGUGAGGAACUGCCUGCCCAACGCCAAGUCGGAUAUGCUUUUAUCAGCAUGGAAUCCUCCUCCAGAAUGGGGAAAAAAAGUUAUGGUUCGGGUAGAUGCUAAACAGGGAGCUCCAAAAGNCCGGCUAUUUCCUCCAAAGUCGGGGUGA